UCCACCCCGGAAGGAUGAGUCAGAAAAAGAAGAAUAAAGCUCGGACGGCCUUCGGAGCCACGGCCCCACCUUUUCUCGACUACCUGAAGGACAUUCUCCGUCGAUAUCCGGAUGGUGGACAAAUUUUGAAGGAACUAAUUCAGAAUGCAGAUGAUGCUCAAGCCACAAAGGUGGUUUUCAUCCACGAUGAGAGGAGCUACGGGACUGACAGCCUUUGGACGGAUGAACUGAGAAAAUACCAGGGCCCUGCUCUGUACGCCUACAACAAUGCAGAUUUUACUGAUGAAGACUGGGACAGAAUUCAGAAGGCAGGACGAAGCGGCAAGCUCAAAGACCCAAACAAAAUUGGCAGGUUUGGAAUCGGCUUCAACUCUGUCUACCACAUCACAGAUGUGCCCAGUAUAUUUAGCUCAGGGCACCUUGGCUUGAUGGAUCCCCAAGAAAACAUAUUUGGAGAAAGAAAUGGAGGGUUUAGGUGGUAUCUGGAUGACGAUGAACACCAAGAAGCUCUGAUGACAAUGCGUGAUCAGUUCCAACCCUUCAGAGAUAUGGUUUCACUCGUAGGUGGAGAAACAUGGACCAAAGUCAUAAAAGAAGAUCAGUACUUUGCUGGGACGAUUUUCAGAUUCCCCUUACGCAAUGAGGCAUCAGAGAUUUCAGACAAUCUGUACACUUCGAAUAAGGUGGUUGAGCUUUUUGAUAGCUUCAUUGCAGAUGCAGACUUAAGCCUCCUCUUCUUGAAAAACGUGAGCUCUGUGUCCGUGAUACACGUGAGUGCUGAUGGGACCAUCAACACCAGACUUGAAGUGAAAUCUUCCGUCCCCACAGAUGUUCUGAAGUCAGAAGAUGCGUCAGCCAUCGAGAGUUUGACAAGAUUCAAACAGAUAACUCUCAGAUCAGAAGAAAUCAAAGAAACAAGCUGGCUCUUGACAACGUGUACCCUGAAGGAGGGAAACGUUAACGAUCUGGACGUCCUCGCCAAAAAGCUGAGCUUUUUACCCAGAGUUGACUUAGCGUUCUCCAGUAGUGACAGGAGAGACUGUGACAAGGGCAGACUGAGCUGCUUUCUCCCUCUGCCAAACAACGACUCCAACAAGACCGGCCUCCCAGUUUACGUCAACGCCUGCUUUGGCCUCACAGACAACAGGAUGGACAUCAAGUGGCAAGAGGAAGACCAGAAGCAUGACGAGCAUGCUCUAUGGAAUGAACUGCUGGUGAAGGAAGUGCUCCCGCAAGCAUACGUGACGAUCAUUCAAGACGCCGUCAAACUUGCUCAAAGAUCCUUGCUCCCCGUCUCCUCCGUGUAUAAUCUGUGGCCUGACGUCUCCCAGAUGCAACACAAAGACAAGUGGCUUGAUGUCGCUCGGGAUGUUUUUAACCACUUAUUCAGUCAGAAUGUGGCCGUCCUUUCUCUCGCUGAAGAUGAAAGAAAGUUUAUCCCCCUGUCAGAAGCCGUGCUGCCCUGUAAUGGUCCAACAAGUGCUACCACACUGAGUGCCAUUAAAAGGGCUCUGGUCUCACGUGGAGAAAAUCUCGUCACUCUACCAGCAAGUGUUGCGAGGGCUAUAGAGGCAUAUCCACACACUACUCCAAUACGUGUGACCCCAUCCUUCCUCAGGGAGGUUUUCCGCAGGACUGGCAUGCACAGCAUCGGCAGGAAUGACAAACUCUGUCUUUUAGAGUACAUACUGAAUGAUGAAAAGUACAGGGAAGUUGAGGGUCUGCAGCUGGUUCCACUCAGCGAUGGCUCCUUCAGAUUUUUCACAAAGAGAGAGGAGGACACCGCUUUAAUCGACAGCAAAGAAUUUCCAAGAAUCUUGUUGCCGUACUGCAACCAGCUCUUCAUCUCAGAUGAUCUCAGUCCAACCUGCAGAGCCCACUUGAGGGAACUGGCAGGGCAAAAAUUCUUCAAAGUCAUCAACAUUGAUGCAGAUGAUGUGGCUGAAUAUACAAGAAGAUAUUUGCCGCAGGACUGGAAGCAGCCGGGGAAGACGGUCGUCACUUGGAGCAUCAACAGCGGCCAACAUCCGCCACUCGACUGGCUUCAGGAAUUUUGGAAGUUUCUGAACAAUCACUUCCAAGAGUUAAGUGGUUUCACUGAAAUACCUCUGGUUCCCAUCAGUCCUCUGUCUGCCAGUCAGCCUGCAUUUCUGGCUAAACUGCAACGGAACACAACCCUCAUUUUUCAGAAAAGCAAACACGGCAGUUUGCCAGAGCAAAUGGCUGAGCUGUUGACCAGAGUCGGGGGUACAGUGGUGAGAGGAAAUGAGUGGCUCAAGCACGGUGACCUUGACAGUUACGUGCUGAGCCCAUCUCCAAAUAGUGUCAUGAAAGUCUUGCUGAAUUUAGAUUCCCAGCAUCUGAUCAAAACCCUAAAAUCUGAGCCUCAGAGAACACGAGAAGAGCUUAAAGAGCAUCUCUCCCACCUGAACCCUCUCUCGAGCCGAGAGGAAGAUUUACUCUUGACACUGCCCUUGUUUCAGACCAUGAAAGGAUCCUGUGUCCCAGCUCAUUCAAAAAUGGCAGUGCUUCUAACGGCCGGUCCAGCAGUCCCUGCAGAACUGCCUAUGCUUGAUUCAGUAAUCCAGUGUGCUACUGAGGCUGAUCGCAGACUGUUAAGUCUGCUCAAAGUUAAUAUCUUGGGCCCAGCUGAUGCAGCCAUGGUCCUUGUCGACUGUAUGGAAAGAGAAGCUUGCAGCAAUGAGGAAAUUGAGAAAACAAUGACUUGGAUUUUACAGAAUGGCAACAUCCUUUUCUCUCAAAAUCCAUCUUUAAAAUCCAGAUGUAGGAACUUGAGAUUCAUUCAAAUGAACGGGGAACUGAAAAAGCCUUCAAGCUUCCUUGAUCCAAGUAAUAAAACCUUUAAAGUCAUCUUUGAGUCAUGCUUUUUCCCCCCGCUUGUUUACACCGAAACAACACAGAUGCUGGAAAGCCUGACAGAUCUUGGACUGAUAAAGAAAGAAGCUGAUGUGACACCUGAGCAUUUGUUGCAUGCCACCACACAGAUUGACAACCUGCGUGUGGACUCUAAAAAUGAGGCUCUCAAAAGAGCUCAGGCAGUUUUGGGAAUGCUGGAUUCCAGUGAACUCCUGUCAAAGUUUUCUGAUAAGCAGCUUCAUCAGCUUAAGGUGACGAAAUGGGUUGGAUGUGAACAACCUGACAAUGACUACAGAGAGCUCAGUGAAGAAUCUGAGGGAAGCUGCUUCUACUGCCCAGAUGAAAUAAGACACACAAUGUAUAAAGACAUUGUUGGGCAUGUAAUACCUCUGACAGGGAAGCUCAAUGACAGAGUUAGCCACAAGCUCGGUCUCAGACGACCGCCCCCACCUGAGAAAGUCAUUGAGAACUUGUUGGUUUUGACAUCAAAAGCACAGGAGAUGGCUGAUCCUGAUACAAAUGUGGAUUUCAAGACACAGCUGCAUCAAAUCUACAAACACAUGCAGGAACACAUGUCAACAUUUGCACAGGCGAUGAACAAGAACACACCUUGGCUGUGGGCCCACAAGCGGUUUGUUCCACCUCAAGAACUGGUUCUUGACUACCCACACGAUCUAGAUCUGAGCUCUUACAUUGGGAAGCUGCCAAAUGAGUUUUUGCCAUACAGGAUGCUCCUCCAGAGGUUUGGCCUGAGAAAAUCCCUUUCAAAUGAGGAAAUUGUUGGCAUUCUUCAUCAUAUCCAUGAAAGUAUUGAAGCAAGGCAAGAGCCAUUUGCAAGUCCUUCUGAGGUAAAAGCAUCAAUAGAUAUUCUUAACUGGCUUUGGCGAGAGAAGAAGACAGUUCAGGGUGACGUACCAGUGCCGGUCAUCACAGAAGGGGAACAAUUCACCCUUAAACCUCGGUCAGAAGCACUCCUCUGUGAUCUGAGCAAAGAGAGGCUGAAGGAAUAUCAAUUCAGUACAGAAAAAAUGUAUGUGCUACAUGAGGAAAUCCCAAUAGCAACAGCCGAGUGGCUGAAAAUACGAUUUCUCAGCAACUGCAUUCCUGCUCCAGAGUUAGUGGGAAUUGAACAAUGUGGACAAUCUGAACCAAUAACCACAAGGAUAAAAAAUAUCCUGAAUGAGUAUGAUGAGCAAAGUGACAUCUUCAAAGAGCUAAUUCAGAAUGCAGAGGAUGCUGGAGCAGAGACCUGCAAAUUCUUGGUGGAUUUCAGAGCACACAAAGCUUCCCCUGAAAGUCUCAUUGAUCCUGACAUGGCCCUUUGUCAGGGACCGUGUCUCUGGGCCUUCAACAAUGAGCAGUUCACAGCUGAGGACUGGGAAAACAUCGUCAGAGUUGGGUCUGCCUCCAAGGAAAACAAAGUGGAAAAGAUUGGAAAGUUCGGACUUGGAUUCAAUACUGUGUAUCAUGUAACAGAUGUGCCCUCCAUCCUCAGUGGUACCAGCCUUCUAAUACUUGAUCCAAAUGUAACUCACCUUAAGAAGCACAUCCACAGUAAAACAAAUCCUGGAAUCAAGCUGAAUCUCUCUCAAAAGAGGAUUGUGAAUUGCUUUCCUGGUCAGUUUGCACCAUAUGAGCACAUUUUUGGCUGUAAUUUCACCACAAAAAGUCCCCCGGAAGCCUACCCAGGCACUCUGAUCAAGCUACCUUUCCGAACCCAAGAAGAGGCUCUCAAGUCAGAAAUAAGCAAAAGGGUGUAUCACAAGGAUGACAUUAUGGCAUUACAGCACAACUUCGAAAAGAAUUCAAAAACUCACCUGCUUUUUCUCAAGAACGUCAACACAUUGUCCCUACAAAGCAUCUCCAACAAUGUUGCAACCCCACCCAGAGAUGAUGAAAUGGAAACCAUCUUAACCGUCUCCAAAACUGUCAUGAGGGAAAUGAGGACUCAAGAUGAAACCACUGAUUCAAAACAGCUUCAUGCUAAGGAGUCAUUGGUGAAACUUGACAGUAAAUGCAGAAAUAUAAUUAACAGCAACACUAUCAACAUUAUCAAGGUAACCAGCCAACAGUCCGGUGAGACUGAAGACCUUCACUGGCUCCUCUACAACUGCUUUGGGACAGAUCGGUCCCUGGAAAUGGCCCUUCAAAAAGAUAACCAAGCCAAGUUCUCUUUGCCCAUUGGAGGGAUUGCGUUGCCCUUGCAAAGGAAUCCAGAAACUGUAAAACUGUCCCCACUAAAAACGGAUCUUGUUGGACAGGCGUUUUGCUUCCUUCCUCUUCCCAUUCAGACAGGUCUUCCAGUAAAUGUCAAUGGCACAUUUGCUAUGAUGAGCAACCGAAAAGCCCUUUGGGAAAGUGGAAUGAAAGGUGAUUGGAACAAAGCUCUUCUUCAGGAUCCAGUUGCAGCAGCUUAUGUCACUGCGCUUUUGGCAUUAAAGAAAAUGUGUGAGAACCAGGAACUGGAGUCUUACUCUUAUCACACCUUUUGGCCCAACAGAGAGAAUGUUGGCAAUACGUUCAAGCCUUUGGUGGAUGUGUUUUACUCUGCCAUCGCUCAACACUCCACAGACCCAGAGCUCUUCAGUGAUGGUGAAAAGUGGUGCUCAAUGAGCAAUGCCAUAUUUCUACAAGAGAGCAUUCAAAAGGACAAAAAAAUCAGUCCAAUUGCAGCUCAGGUGUGCAAAACAUACGUAAAAGAACCAAAGUGUGUUGUUCCUCUUCCAUCGUGGUUGGCAAACAGCUUCAAACUAGCUGGCCUAAAAAAUGUUUUACAAAGCAGGACAUGGACCUGGGCGAAGUUUUAUGAAGAGGUAGUGUUCAACAACCUUGCUACCAUGGACUCCAAAUGUAGAGAUUCUCUUGUUCUACAUGCUAUUGACCUCAACAACAAAGACAUUGACAAGCUGCUGGUCUCCCAUCCUUGCAUACCCACAACAGACGGACAGCUCCAGUAUGUGAAGAAACUUGUCAGUCCAUCAUGCAGGAUGGCAUGUCUUUUUGAACCAGAAGAGGGCCGCUUGCUUGGAGGUACCAAAGAUGACUUUUGCGCACCCAAAAGGAUUCAGCGCUUGUUGGAACUUGGAAUGGCACACGAUAACCUUACUCUGGAGGACAUCACACAGAAAGCAAAGACAAUGACCAACACCUGGAGAGUCAACAAAAAGAAAGCAUGUGACCAUCUGAAGUGCCUACUUGAUCUUAUGAAGAAUCACAUGGAUGACGGAGACUCUCACCACUGGGAAACAUUGAGGAGAACCCCCUUUCUCCCAGCAUUUUCCCCCGGUGACCUAAAAAUGACAGGGAAUGUAACACUUCAGAAGCCCACAGCUGUUUUUAAGGAAAAAUUCGCCCUUCUGGUUAACAUGGAACAUCACGUGCUGGAUCACAAAAGUCUGACAAUACACAGCAAUGAUCCGAUCCUAGAUUUUUUGGGAGUUCACAACAGUCCAGAGACAGAGACGGUGCUGCAGCAGCUGCAAGAAGCAUACAGCCAAUCACAAUCAACCGACAAAUCUAUGCUUCACGAAAUAGCAUACGAGUGCUAUAAGUUUCUAGAUCAGUGGACUGGUCUUCAGAUGAAUGCCACUGUAAUUUCACAGAGGUCAAAUUCCUUCCCGUUCAUCCUAGUCGGUGAUACAUUUGUACCCAUCAGCUGUGUUGCUGAAAAACAGGAUUUUGAUGCAAAACCCUACCUCCAUGUACUUCCGCCUGCCUUCACUGGUUUCAGAAAUCUCUGGAAGACUGUGGGUGUUGAAGAAAGGUUUACAACAAGUCAGUUUUUUACUGUGCUCCAGGAAUUACACUCUCGGUAUGGAAACAAGCCCCUGCCAGCUAACGAGCUAUCAAUUUGCUUGACAAUUUUAGCCAAAGGGUUAUUUGAGGCAAAAGAGAAAGUGCCAGAAAUCUGUCCGAUACCAAAUUUUGAAGGGGUUUUACAACCUGCCACUGAGCUGCGUUACAAUGACAAUCCGUGGAUGCCAGUUCCUUCAGAUGUCACGUUGUGUCACGGACACAUCCCCCGCGUUAUGGCUCAGCACUUCGGAAUCAUGACGACAAGGCAUCAUACUCUGGAAAAUAUUACGUCUGACAUUUCACCUUUUGCACAGCACGAAGAAUUGACUGUUCGAAUUAAAAACAUCAUUUCAGUUUACCCAUCAAAGGAGGAUAUUCUGAAGGAGCUAAUCCAAAAUGCUGAUGAUGCUGAGGCAACAGAAAUUCACUUUGUUUGGGACAAAAGACAUCAUGGCAAAGAAAAAACAUUUGGCGAGAAGUGGAACCCUCUGCAGGGUCCGGCCCUGUGUGUUUUCAACAACAAAGUGUUUUCUGAAGAGGAAUUGAUAGGCAUUAAACAGCUGGGAGAAAGAGGGAAGCAAAAAUCCACAGGAAAAAUAGGCAAAUAUGGAGUUGGAUUCAACUCUGUUUACCACCUGACUGACUGUCCUUCCAUUCUCACUGAAGAUAAGUUGCUUUGCAUUUCUGAUCCCAACCAGAAAUACAUUGAAAACCACUCCGGCAGAGCUCAAGCUGGCAUUGGUUACAAUGUAAUUGACACAUUCAAGGAGAUGUACAAGGAUGUCUACAAAUCUUUUCUUCCUGACGUAUUCCCUCUGAAAAAGGGGACCAUGUUCAGAUUACCACUGAGGGCUCCAGGUGCGAAAAGUGAAAUUUCACAGCAAGUAGUCACUGAUUCAGACAUGAAUGAACUCUGCUCUGCCCUGUCUGGUGAUCCUGAAGGACUAAUUCUGUUCCUGAAAAACAUCUGCAAAAUCCAAGUUCAUAAAAUCGACCGUUCAGGAAAAAUUCAAACCAUCUUUGAGGUGGAAAAGAGUCUGUCACAAAGAAGCAUGCAAAAAAAGGACGCAUUUGAAAAACAUCUACAAAAUGCACUACAGCGUCAGACACAAAUAACCCCACUCAAGGCUUUAUAUGACGCCACGGUUUCCACCUCGGAUAAAAGAGAGAGUAAAUGGAUCAUUGCAGAACAGUUUGGCUCAUUCAAAGGGACAUCUGAAUUACAACUAUCAGGAAAAGUCCCACAGGGAGCAAUUGCUGCACGUGUGAGCAUAAAGGCCCCAACAUACUCAAGGAAUAUGGAGUUUGAAGGCGCAGCCUUUUGUUCACUUCCCUUACCUGGGACAACUAGACUGCCAGUGCAUGUCAGUGGAAACUUUGAGGUAGAUUCUGCCUGGAAAAACCUUUGGAAGGAAGAUGGCCAAACCCAGAAAUCAAACUGGAACAAAGCUUUGAAACAGGACAUCAUUGCUCCACUGUAUGCAGAUCUCUUGCACUGCAUCCGCUGUAGAAUCCGAUCCAAAAAGGGCUCUCUUGAAAGCAUUGAAUUACACUUAAGUACCUCGUACUUGUGUUUUUGGCCAUUUACGUCUGAGGUUGAUAAGCAGUGGCAUGAAAUGAUAUUGGAAGUCUACAGGUCAAUUAAAGACAAAGGCCUCGACCUGGUCCCAGUACUAAGGAGCUCAACGCGCAAAAUUGCAAGUCGGGAAUUUAAAGAAUACUCUUUAGACUGGUGCAACCUCAGCGAAACAGAGACAACAAAGGUACCUUACCUUACAGACCCAACAAGUGACUGGAUUAUCCCGAUUUUGGAAGAUCUUGGGAUGAACCUGGUUCCUUUUUCCACAGAGAUGAAAAAGAUUCGGAGCCAUUUCAAAUCUGCUGGCGUUGAAUUGAAAAUUGUCAGUCCUGGUGCCAUACGGGCUUUCCUCCAAUCAAAACCUCUCAAUGAUCUGGCCCAAACAGAGGCAGAUUUGCCCUUGCCAAUAAUUGCCACUUUGAUCAAAGACCAAACAAGAUGUUCAAAGCUCCUGACAUUUUGUUUGAAUGAUCCCAACUUGGAAAAGCUCACCGAACAGAACCCCAAUGUGCUCAACGGACUCCCCCUCCUGCUCACAAGUGAUAAAGUUUUGAGAGUGUUUAACUCUGAAUCUCCAAAGUUCAUAUCAAGAUAUGACAGUCUUUUUUUUGGUUAUGCAAGCCACUUUGCAGACCACGACACCAACAAAGAUCAUGCUGCUCUUCUAAAAACUGCUAAUCUUGUCAAAGACCUAACACUACCUCUUGCAGCUCAGUUUUUGAAACCAUUAGUUCAAAAACGUCUUCACAGCUGUGGAGUUGACCCAGGCAGUGGUCUUCAUGUCCCUAAUGAAACAAUGCUGACAUGGUUGACGUCCCUUUGGAGAUUCAUAAUGAGUGAAAUUAAAAUGCCAUUUUCUCAUGAUGACCAUGUUCACCAUUUUCCCACGUUCAGUGAUGUCAGGAAGCUCUUAGGUGACUGCUGCAUCGUGCCUGUUGUGUGUCCAGCAUUAAACGACAAGCAUCUCCUGCAAACAAUGAAAGGUAUGUCAAGUGUGAUUCCCUACGCGUCAGAAAGAGACAUAUCAAGCAUCCUCUUCAAGCUUGGUUUCAUGAAGCUUGACAGUGUUUUCCUUUCUGAGGUACACCAACAGGCAUAUUUACUUUUACAUCCCGAGCUCAUGGAAGUGAAUGACAAAACCUCAGUAUUGGACCAGGUCUACAACAUCAGCCACUCAAAGUUCUCUCAACUUUCAAAUGAUGACCUGAAAGUGUUUCAGAACUUCCUGCAGUCUGGACUGUCCAUGUCAAAAGACAAACAAGAGUACAUGAGGAAGCUUAAAUCCUUGCCAUUGUUUGAAACCACGCUCGGUGAUCGAGUGAGGAUUGAUGGAUCUAAGAAGGUGUUUGUCCUCAACAGCAUGUACUCUGGCACAUUUCAAGAUUUGUUCACUCUGCCCACGAGCAACAGCAUUUUUCUCAAAAACAGCCUAGACAACCUGAGUCUGUCAGAAAUGCUGAAGAUACCAGUCCUGGAUGAUUUGGAGUAUUUCAUGAAGUUCAUUCUGCCCAAUGUACACAGAUUUACUGAGAAGCAAACUCUUCUCUGUCUGAAGCUGUUGCUGACAUUAUGUCAUCAUGUUAAUCAUUCUAACUACAAGAAUGAAAUCAUCUCUUCAAUGAAGACAGUGAAACUGAUUCACAGUUGUCAAGGGAAACUAGAACCUGCCUCGUACUACUUUGAUGAUACUGUCAAGCUUUAUAAGAAAAUGGCGCCUAAAGAAAGAUUUGUGCCUCCGAAAUUUUGGACUGACUUGUGUGAUGGGGAUGAAUAUAAAACCACACAAGCGAGGCAGCUCAUCAGAGAGCUUGGAAUGAAGCAUGAAGUGUCAAACGAUGAGGUCAUCAACUUUGCGUUCCAGUUAGAAACAGAAGCAAAAGGAAACGGCAACCUCAAAGAACUGAAGGAAAAAUCGGAGUUGCUUUUCAGAGUGGCUUUGGACAAAGUGAGCAAUGACAAAGACGGAGGAGAGAAAUUGCUGAAGAGCAUAGCUGACAUCAAGUUCAUUUUUCCAGAGAAGAUUAGAGAAGAACUUUGCAACUAUCAUCAACCAUUUGCUGCAGGGAGAACUACUGUUAAGAUCAGAGGAUCUUUGAUAAGUAGCAAUUGUAAUCAUCAAGAUCUGAUUUGGUCCUCAAUGCCAGUUAUAGAGCUACCACGUUAUGUCUCACAGAAAACCCGAAACAUGAUGAAAAAUAUAGGUGUUCAUGACCAACCACCUGCAGACUGCGUUACCAGCAACAUAAGAAACAUCUGUCAGUCGCCAUGUACAACCGUGGCGCUGAUCAAAACUCGUGCUGAAGUGUUCCGUAGCUCGUACGCCCACCUGCAAGGACAGGGCUUUAACGCACAGCCACUGGCUGGUCUUCCUUUGGUGUUGGUGGAAAACGACAGACAACUGGUGAAAGCUGAUCAUGUGUGUCUCUCACUCAAUCACGACCUGGAUUUCAGACCUUACUUGUACCAAAUCCCCUCAAAGGAUGCCGUGUACAAAGCCUUCUUCAAGAAUGCUGGCGUUACAGACGAGGCUACUGCACGGCAGUAUUGUAGUGUCCUGGAGGCGGUUUAUGACGAUUCUUUGGACAAAUCGCAACCAAACAGAAACCAGCUCCAGACUGUAAAACGAGCUGUUGAGCAGUUGUUUCACUUACUCAAAAAUCAAGGAAACAAAGUCCUCACUGGUGACAUUAAGACGUUGCAUCUUCCUGCUGUGGAUGGAAAGUUGUACCCAUCAUGCUCGCUCUACUACAAUGACACAGUUUUUGAGAUUAAAAGGUUGGAAGAAGCUCUGGGGAAUGACUUCCUGUUGUUGGAGAAACUCAGCAACUGUCAUUUGGACAGCGACGUCUACGAGCAGCAUCGGCUGGUGCAGCUUCUGCCGCAGAGGUUUCGGCCUAAGAUGCUGCCUCAGAUCACUCACGAGAAACUGGUGGAUUCAGUCAUGCGGCGCUGCGAGCUUUUGACGGGUUGUGACUUCAGCGGCUGGUUUGAGAGACAUCUCUCCUCCAAAGAGUUUCGACGUGGUCUGAUUUGCCUUCUGAGACACCAGUCUGAGGGCAAAAUAACACAAGAAGAAGCUUCUACGAUGUGUGACAAGACUUUUGGCAGCAUUCAGAUUGUGUGUUGCGACACCCUGGAAACAAUGCUGUGGCUGGACGAGCAGCCACUUGAAAAAACGAUCAGAGAAACAGAUGUUUUUGUCAAGCGAGAGCAACAAGGCUGCACCUUUUACCUAAAACACAACGAUGACAUGUCUCCCAAAGUGAUAAAUGGGGUUAAUAUGAAAUUGACAAAGGAGAUCAAUGCUCUUUUAGGAAACAACUUGACAUCAACUUACUUCCCAGUGCUUGGACAACUUCUCAUGUGCAACGACUUGCAAGAUGUUCAGAAAACUCUGGCCGACUUUGAGGUCCUUGAUAGUGGCAGUAGUGAAAACCUUGUUUUUAGUCCACCAGCCACUGGGAUGGAUAUUCCAGAAGAAUGGCAUGAUUCAUUUGACAUGAACUUCCUCAACAACUUUGAAAAGGGGGAAUAUGUGGGCUAUAACAUCAACAACAAGUACGUCCUUGCAGUUAUUGUUGAAAUCCUCCCAGGCCCCAAAGGACAAUAUUCCAACAGAUACAAGAUUGACAUUGGAGAGGAUGAACCGGUUGAAGUCAGUCAUCUCGACCUGUACCAGUUUAAACGAGAAAGGAAGGUUAAACCAGAAGGGAACACAUCUUGCAUGGAGCUGGAGCUGGUGGUAGGAGCAACGCCACGCUCAACCCAGCCAACAAAAAAUCCAUUACCAACCACUUUAGAUGAAGCUAAAAGGGAAAUUGACAGAUGUCUGGCUGAGAUCUGGAAUUUUUCUUUGGAGGAGAGGCAGAAGGGCAUAAAGCGACUGUACCUGCGAUGGCAUCCUGACAAAAAUCACGACUGCGAGUCGCUCGCCAUUGACGCAUUUAAAUAUCUGAAGAAUCAAGUUGAAGAGCUCACCAAUGGCAAAGUAAGAACUUCAGGCCCAUCCUCUUCAAGUGGAAGCUCAAAUUUCAGAGACUUCUAUAAACAGGGGAACCGGUAGGCCAGGUAUCACAGAAGUGGAGGAGAAAGAUUCUUUAGGGGCCACAGUUCAUAUAAUUCCCAUUCCUACAACUACCAUUCCUACAACUUUGGGAGCCACAACGCGAACGUUCCAAGGCCGAACAAAGAGGAGGCCCAGCGCUGGUUUCGCCAAGCUCGCUGCGACCUUGACACAGCUCAAAAAGACACCGAUGGCGGAAGCACAGAGUGGUGUCUGUUUAAAGUCCAUCAAGCAGUGGAAAAAGCUCUUACUGCAGCAGAAUAUAGGAGAAAUGGUCGACAGCCCACCAGCAGCUCAAUUUCUGUCACAGCAGACAACGUUUCCAGCUAUCACUCUCAACUGAAAGACCUGCCUCAGAUUGUGGACGAUCUGAGGGCACUGGGAGUGGACAGCAAAAAGACUCAAUAUCCCAACUGCCAUCCACAUCCACACAUACCAAAUGGACAGUUCAGUUUGGAGAAUGCAAAGACUGCUCUGAAAAAGGCAUCUGAGCUUCUCAGUAAAGUAGAAACAUAUGUUAUGUAGAUUUGCACGUUGUGAGUAACGUACUAAACUGCUGACAGAAAGACAAUAACGGAAACAUACCAGUGCAAAGCAAUUUCACAAUUGAACUCAGAACACCUGCCGGAACUUCAUGCAACAUGUUUGUUGUCAAAAGGCAAAUACCUUUACUGUUACACUGAAUCAUUAAUAUAAACAAUGAUCAUUUAAAGCAUGGAAGAAUAUUACUAAUGACAUGAAUCCUGUACAUAUUUUAACAAAACACAAUCACUUUAAAACUUUAUCGAUACAUAUGUUUUUGACUUCUCAGUACCUGUGUGAUCACUUUUAUAGUUUAUACCUGUAAACGUGGAUAUUUUCAUGCAAAAUGCAACUUGCUUUUUAAUAAUAAUGGAAAUGUUUCACAAUUGACUCACUGCCAAACAUAAAGUCUUUGUGAAGUUCUGCCUUGAUUUGUUAAAGUGAUUGAAUUGAAAGAAUAAUGUUUGUUUUGAUGUUCUGAGCAGUUGUGCAGAAGACGCUGAUUAAGAUGACAGACACUGUAUGGUUUUAAUGUUUUUGAUAAACAGUAUGCUUUUUUUUUAUUUGGUUCUAAAAUCCACUUUUUUUUAGUACUUUAGUCAAGUAAAAUGUUUUUUGAUAGCUCAUUGUUUAUGACUACUUGCUCAGUUAGAUAAUCUUUGUUUACAGUUAUUUGAGAAAGGGCCAGUGAUUGUUGCCACCAUUAUUUUAGGUUUGUGGAGAUCUUACUUGAAAAUUUAAAAAUAAAACGAAAUACUGUAUGAAGAUGUGUUUAUUUGUACUUUUUAUUUACUUGUGUGUUAUUGAGCUUUCUCGAUGUAUGUUAUGUGUGAGCAAAGUUUCUGUAUCAUGAAGUUUAUUUAGGACAGUUUCACCUUCUUAUUAUUUUUCUUCCCAUUUUCACGUUCACCAUGAGUGAAGACUU